GAGAGCCUUCAGUAUCGCAAGCACACGUCCGCCGCCUCAGCUCCUCCUCAAGUGCUCUCUCCAAUGGCUUCCAGCGAUGACAUAGGACUUUCCCAGUCCGGUAUUAAGUGCAGAAGAUGCGGAGGAUCGUCUCUGAGUUCGUGGGAUCUGUUUCUACCCAUCACCCGAAGAGGAAGCUUCUUUCAAGACUCGUUCUUUUCGAAUAUACACCAUGACUUCGAUGCCGCUAUUAGGGAGGUACUCGGCAAGUGGAAUGAACCAGAUCUCAAGGUGACAGACAGUAGGGAUGACGUCAGCCGUCGUUAUAGACGUCUUCGAUCUCAGAAUAUGAAUGAAGAAAGCCAGGCAGUCACUGUCACGUCAGACAACACAGGGCACAAAAUUGUACUGGACGUACAUGACUUCCUGGAGGGGGACGUGAAAGUGAACCUGAUAGAUGAGCAGCAGCUGGUGGUGGAGGGCCGUGUGGAGAAGAAGGAGGGAAACUCUUCCUCCUCGAACACCUUCAGACGCAUCUUCACCCUGCCGGGAGACACCGACAUGACGGCCAUCAUGCCUGUCAUAUCAGCAGAUGGAAUCCUCACGAUCACGGCUCCGAAAAUGGAGCUGAAAUCCACCAGCAUUCCUGUCAGCGUGGAGCAGACCCAGACCAUUUCGUCCUCCGCCAGCGGGGGGGCGUCCCUCCAAGGAUCAGAAACGUCAGAGAGAGAGUGUCAGUGCUUGAGAUGCUCUUUGAAAAAUAUAUACGACAAAAGAACCUCACAAACAGCUGAGGAUGCGAUGAGUUCAGCAAGAUCCCAGUCUAUAGAUGCACAAGUCAUUCAGAAUUCCUCUGCCUCCAGCGGCGCCCAGGAACAAAUGCAAUCGAAACAAGUAUUUGGAGUUACGGAACCGAAAACCACGGAGAACGUCAGCUCUGAAUCUUCAUCAUCGGUGCGAAAAGAGAAUCAAGCGGAUACGGACUCGCGAAGGGUCCGUCGGGAUUCUUGGGAUGUAUUCUUCCCCAUCACGCAGAGAGGGAGUUUCUUCCAAGACUCUUUCUUCUCAGAUAUUCACGACGAUUUCGACAUGGCUGUUCGGAAGGCACUAAGCAGAUGGAAUAACACGGAUCGUCGCGUCGAAAAGGAGCUCCACCAAAGUGAUGUUUUGGAUCGCUACAGACAGCUCCGGCCGCGUGACCUGAAGGAAGAAAACCUGGCCAUUACCGUCACAUCGGACAGCACCAGCCACAAGAUCGCGUUGGACGUGCAUGGCUUCGUGGUCGGGGAGCUGAAGGUGAAGGCGGAGGGAGAUUUCGAGCUGGUGGUGGAGGGGCGUCUCGAGAAGGGCGAAGAGGGAGCUUCGGCCACCUUCAAGCAGCACUUCACGCUGCCUGACACCACGGACAUGUCAAAUGUCAGCGCCGUCAUGUCCUCCGAUGGCAUUCUCACAAUUACUGCUCCCAAAAAGGCUGAAUUUCAGCAAAGGACCAAGAUCAUCCCCAUUGAGGUCGAAGAGGGAGCACAAAGCGCUGAGUCACUCUCGGCGUCUGUCUCAAUGCCAAACGUCCCUCUGAGCAGCAUGACCUCAUCUUCGAAAUCCUUCGUUAGUCAGGGCGUUGUUGAAGAUAGUGAAACUAUUCGAAGACAAGAAGGUGUCAAAAUUCCGAUAAAUGAAGAAUCUGUGGCAAGUCACGAAGAAGGCCAAAUGAUGCGUCAGAAUGUCACUCAGGUCCCUACGAGCGCUGUAUCUGAAUCUCGAAAGGUCGUUAUUAGUGGCUCUGAUAUCGGCGAAGCAAGUGAGGAGGCUUCUGUCUCCAAGAAAAGUCAUCUCUCGUUCGAGUCGCAAUCCACGAGAGACAAGGCAGGGGAAAUCUGCACGUCUGGAAACCGCCUUCCGAUCGUAAAGAGGGGACUUUUCUUUGACGAUUCCUUCUUUCAAGACACCAGGAAGGAUUUCCAGAAAGCGAUAAAAGAAAUACUGGUUAAAUCGGGGGAGGAGUCUUCAGCCGCCGACGAAAUGACCUGUUACAGAAGUCUCCGAUCUCGUCACUUAGGAGAUGAUACUCAGGCUGUUACGUCCUCAGAGGAUGAACGUUAUCAUAAGUUCAUUCUCGACGUUCAAGAUUUUGUUGACGGAGAGGUAAAUGUAGAGGCUGUGAGCGAUAGAGAGCUAGUGGUGGAAGGUCGCGUAGAGAAGGAGGAAGGGGGAUCAAAGUCUACAAAGCGUUUCCUUCGACGCUUCCUUGUCCCAGGCCACUUCAAUCUUGAGGGGGUUGAUUCUUCAUUGUCUUCUGAUGGCGUGCUGACAAUUACGGUUCCCAAAAUGGUGUGUUUCGCCUGA